UUUCACUUGUGAUUACGUUUCGCUGUGAAUGAAUUGACUGAGUUCACUUUCUUUCACUACUUGAAUGAGAAACAAGCUUCAGUGCUCAACGGAAUUAAAAAAUGGCAGAGAAAUUGAAAGAGGAUGCAACCCAAACUGGAAACAAGGACUUCUUGUUGGAGGACGAUCCUGAUCAGUCGAGUGAGUCGCCCACCCAGAAGGAAUCGAAUACCCAGAAGGAAUCGCCCACCCAGAAGGAAUCGCCCACCCAGGAGGAAUCGACCACCCAGAAGGAAUCGCCCACCCAGGAGGAAUCGACCACCCAGAAGGAAUCGCCCACCCAGGAGGAAUCGACCACCCAGAAGGAGGGUUCGCAGUCCGCAGAGGCCGAGGAAGAAUACUUUAGAACAGUGAGCGGGCGCAUCGAUGAGGACAUAAAACACCUGGAAGAGAUGAUUGCCCUGAAUGAGGACGAAUGUAAUAGGCAGUUAUUCAAUCGUCUCCUGAAUAUAAUCGGAGUUGAAAUAGAAAAAAAUCUACAUUUGCAGAAGAAGUAGUAUGUGCGAUUUCUGUAAACCUACUCCCAAAAUACCAAUGUAUUAUCGAAUAGUCUUAGUGUUGACGCAUAAAUAUAAUUAU